UUCAAUAUGUCAAGUACUUUUUUUUUUAGAUUUAUUUAUUUAAAUUUGUUUACUAUUUCAAUAACUUCUCAAAAUAAUUCGCGUUGGAAACAUUAUGACGCCUUUGAUAGAACUGCUGGGCUUACGUCAUAUUGCAAUAAAGAAGUCCUUAGUUGUGAAUUGUCUGCAGGAUUCCUUUGCCUAAGAACCAACCAUCGAAUUUGCAACCUAAUUUGCACUAUAAAUACGCGGUGUGGCAUCACUUGCAUAUCAAUGUGUAAAAGCAAGAGGAAAAACAACCCUCCCACCGACUUAACAAGCUUAAAAAUGUCCGACAUAAAAAAGAUUUUUACAAAUAGGACUAUAAGUUUAAGCUGGAUGCCAAUAAGACACGAUAAUGUGAUUGUGCUCUAUAAAGUUCAUUUGGAAGGAAAAUUUUGUAAAAAUGUAGUGAUACAUGUUAAAUGCACAACUUAUGAAAACUGUCUAGAGCAUAUCCUUAGAAAGUCAAAAAGUUACAUAAUCAUAGCCGAUUCCAUCCAUAUCUUAAGAGCGGUGUGCACUUUUCAGUCUAUUUUUUUUCUAAAAACUGAAGUGGUGAACCUGUUAAUUAAAACGUUAAUAAGAGAAGUCUUUAUAAAAAAUAGAUUUAUUCAAAAAAAUCUUACCCCUUUAAACAAAAUCUGUCAAGCUGACUGUUUAAGUAAAACCUUUUGGAAAAAGUCAAAACUAGUUGUAUGUCAAGGCGCACAAAUAAACAGAAAAGUUUUUCUUUAUCUAAAGAAUUACAAUGGGCCCCACAAUUCUCAAAAUAUAGUCUUAAAAAAUAUUAAGAAUAUGAUUUCAGAUAAAAAAUAUGGACUAUAUUCAGCUGACAUACUUUUUAUUUCUGAUAUCAUACAAACGAUACUUAAAAGCAUUUCAUCCAAUUUAGCUUUUCAGGAAACAAAAAAAAACGUUGUUAAAUGGAGAAUGUAUUUUACUGCAAUUUUAAAGAUUUACCGCUCAAUAAUAAACGUUGACUUGGCCGUUACGAAAUUAUCAACUGAACUUAACGCAACGCACUACCUAUUGAAAUCAUUGGACUGGUCUAUAGACACUCUAUCAACUAAAUUGUUAUCGAAACAAGAAAGUAUCGGCAAUGAAGAUACAGCACCUGAACUUGAAAGUGAGAAUAUAGACUAUGAUGAUAUAGGAGUAUCUGUACAUAUUUCAAAAUAUAUUUUGUACUUCAUAAUUAAUCCUAAUAUUGCUAAUGUUUCUGGAAUAACAUUGAUUAAAAAUAAUAAAACAACAGAAAAACGCCAAGAAUUAAAAGGUUCAUUUAUAAAUGACCAUUACCGAUUUCUUCUAUCAAAUCAUGACAUUAUAGACUUCAUUAAAGAACCCAACCUUCUAGUUGGAGUAUAUCUACCGAUACAACUUCUAAGCAUAUUAUCAACCAAUAAAAGUGUCCCAAUUGUUGUCAUUAAGCUUUACUCAAACUACAAACUGUCCGAAAACUCGUUUGGAAAAAGGAAGAUUUUAAGUCCUAUAAUAUCAGUAACAUUACCUGGAUACAGCUCAAUUCUCCCAGUAUCUUUUCCACUUAUCUUUAAAUAUACAAUUAAUGAUGAACCAAAUAUAUUAGGUGGUUGUCAAUCCUGGAGCAAUAUGAAUUUGGAAACUGAAAAUAUAAUAACGGUGAACCACUUUGAAAAUAGAUAUGAAGGUAUUGUGCUCUGUCAUACAAGGCAUCUGGCGGCAUCUGCCUAUUUUGCAGAGAAAAACAUUUCCUUCAGAAGCAAUUUUAAAGUUAAUAAGAACAAAAUUCAUGAUAAUGUUGCGGACAUUAAAUUCAUGUUUUUCUACAUACUUUCGUUUAUGGUAGUAAGUUCCUUUUUUUUAAUAUGUCGUCAUUUGAAACAAAUACUGUUUCCUAUGGCUUCCAACUAGUUUAUAUCAAAAAUGAAGAAAGAUAUAAAGAUUACCCAUCAUUUUUUAAAAGGAAAU